AUGCCUGUCCAAAGCACACAUCCGGCCGAAAAUUUGUCCGACUUGGUGGACGAGGACGUGCGUGCGGUCCUGCUAAAAGCGCCGCCGACAUUGCUCAUAGAAGAUCCCGUGUACCACAACCGACUCACCGAACUGCGCAACGACUACAGAUACGCCUAUGUGGUCCAGUGGAUUUAUCUUCUGCGUCAUCUGGUGAAAAUCACAGAGAAUUUCGAUGUGGAGACGUUUGAGGAGGAGCUACUGAGCAUUGCGAGCCCCGUUUUUGUGAACGCAUUUAUCGCCCGGAUGGUCCAGUAUCUGGCCAAUUUCAAGCUGGACAAUUUUGAUUCGCAGGUCAACGACGCGUUGAACCAGGUCUCCGCACGCUACUACGAGGAGUACGACCCAAUAGACUUUUUUGCGCUUGAUUUGAUCGGCAAAACCGAGCUGUUUUACAAUUUGAUCCAGCUGGCCAAUACCAAAAGCAUAGAUAAUUUCCGCAAAAGCGUGGACCAGUACGCCAAACCGCAGCACGAUUUGCGGCUGGAACCCGUGUACGCGUACACAGAGGACCGCGAGCUGAACGAGUGGUUUGUUUUGGAAGACUCGCGUGUCUAUUAUCGCAAAACAGAGUAUCCGCCAAUGGAGGUGCCUAAAAAGCGGGCGGACGCCAAAAAGAGAAUUGGUAAUCCUGCUGAGACGUUUGGCGAUAUUGAGCCGGUGUUGGUGGAGUGGCGGUGCGAGACGGCCGGGAUCUACCAGUUUGAUCAGUAUUUGAAGGGGCUGAAACAGAAGGGCGGCAAAAAAAACGUCGUCGCAUGA